AUGGUUAGAGCUUUUGCAUAUGAGGAAAUAGGAGAAACAUCCACUGAAGCUCAUGCUAGUGUCGAGGAUAAUAAGAGAGAUAGAACGAGAAGAGUAAUUAAUUACAAUCUAAGGAGCACAACGAUGAUUUCCAGCUUGAGCAAACGAUUGAAGAUUGAUGAGUGCAAGAAUCAAGACCCGGAACAAAACCCUAAUCGUGUUGCUUCUUCUCCAAGUUUGUGCCAUGUAAAGUCCAAGAGGCCUCAAAAAGGGGUUUCAAACAAACCAAUACUAGAUAUGGACUUCUUAAACGAGGAAGAGUUAGAAAAAAUAGAUAGACAUUACAAAAAGAUAAGUGACAGUGACAAAGGAGCGGAUGUGAUCUUGGUGAAUUCCGAGGGUCUACAGAGGAAGCUUAAGCUCAAGAGAUGGGAUAUGACUUCCACUUCCAACUACGUCUUAGGUUCAGGAUGGAACAAGGUCGUCACCGAAAACAUUCUAGAGACAGGCACGAGGCUUCGGCUCUGGUCCUUCCACUCCCCAGACAUGCUCUUUUUCGCCCUCGUUCUUUCAGAUCCAGAUCUAGCUCCGACUAAAGAUUGGGAGUGCCUAAAUUUAUUGGCUAAAUUGACCGUGGAGACGGCUUGUCUCGAGGCUUCACAAGACGCAGAUACGAUGAGCUCACUCGUCUCCGACACAGAGCUGGAUCUCGAGCUCCGGUUGUAG